AUGUUUAUGCUCCGCAACGUGAGCAAGUUUUUGUUCGGUGACGCUUCGAAAGAAUCCAUCAUUGAAAUCCCCCAGGGCGAGCUGUACCUAGUCCGCCCCCAGUCGCCCAAGGGUUAUUCGGAGCUUAUCUUCAAGGACGCUGUUGCAACAAUCCGACGUACCGGUCAGGACUUCCAGUACCAGCUCGUGAUUCAGAGGGCCUACGAGGAGGGCGAGGAAGAACUUGCGGACGACGACGGUGAACAAGGCGGCGGCGACAGCCUAGACAAGGACGAGAAGGUUUUCCUCCUCGACCAGAGCCUGCAUUUCCGCUCCGAGCUUCGUGACAGCGGAGAGAAGAUUUUGGCUUGGGAUGAUCUGAGCGGUGACCCCGGUGACCUUUUUGAAUUCAUCUGUGAUCCUUCCGUUCCAUCUGAUAAGGUUGCCACCUUCGAACUUGCAGCUUUCCAGUGCCAGUACGAGCGUAAAUUUCGCCGCAGCGCCCAGAAAGCCACCGAAGACGAGCUACAGGAAUUCUCGUACAGCGAAGAGAAGCCCAUUCCUUCUGCAAGCCCGGUUUCUUCCCCGACCACAAAGUCACACGUGCCGACGUCCGCGGAUUCAGCUGCAGCUAUGGCAAAGGACGUGGAAUAUGCCCAAUCCAAGGGACAAAUGAAGGCCCCUAGCUUUGAGGAAGAGACAACCACUGCCCCACCUUCUGCAGCCCACCCCGAGUCCAAAGAGAUUCUUUGCAAAGAAACCGCCGAGUUACAUUUGUUUGACUUCUCUACCGGGACCUUUGUUCAGCAAGAGUCUGAGGUGGUUGCCUCUGUCUCGGAAGUUGGGACUUGGCAGUACUGGCUUCAGAUCACUGGCAAGGACAAAGAAUGGCUCGGACAAGCCGUUGUGGCCGACAUUAACCCUGUAUUCAACUUUGAAUAUUUGUCCUUCAUCUUCAAUCACUACAGUGAAGAUGGCUCGGCUUACUCAUGGCUAUUGCGUUUCAAGAACCAACCUUCGGAGGAACGGUUCCAGGAGGGGUUGAUGCAGGCGCUUUGGGAACAGCUGAAUGAAAUGAAGUGGACCAAGGUCAAAGAGAAUGACCGAGACUAUGUGCUUGAUGCUUUCCAGGAUCUCACCAUGGAGGAUGCCGACGCUGUACCUGAGGCGGAAGAAGAAGAAGAAGAAGCCGAAGAAGAGGAAGACAAUGAUAAGGAUGAUGCUCAACGCAGUGAACAUUAUGAUAGCGACGAAGAGGAGGAAGAUGUGGUGACUCGCGAUGCUGAUGGUAACGUGAACUCCCAAUUGGCGGUUGGAUACAAGCACGAUCGGUCUUUUGUUGUUCGCGGUUCCAAGAUCGGCGUCUUCAAGCACACUCCUCACAACAACCUCGAGUUUUCCACGACCAUUUCGAAGGUUGAGACCCCCAAGGGUGGUCUCUUCAGUCCCAAGAAGGUCAUGCUUCACGCCGAAGACCAGAACAUGAUUCUCCAGAAUGGCGAUGAUCCCAACUCUUUGUACAAGAUGGAUCUGGAGUAUGGCAAGAUCGUUGACGAAUGGAAGGUUCAUGAUGACAUUGCCGUGGAGACAUUCGCCCCCGAGAACAAAUUCGCCCAAAUGACUGCUGCUCAGCCAUUCGUUGGUGUCUCCAAGAAUGCGCUCUACCGAAUCGACCCUCGUCUUUCGGGUAACAAGCUCGUCGAUUCCGACCUGAAGCAAUACGCCAGCAAGAACGACUUCUCGGCUAUGGCCACAACUGAGAAGGGUUACCUCGCUGUUGCGUCGAACAAGGGUGAUAUCCGCAUGUUCGACCGUCUUGGAAUCAACGCCAAGACACACAUUCCUGCUCUCGGCGAGCCCAUCAUUGGUCUUGAUGUGUCUGCCGACGGACGCUGGGUGCUGGCAACUUGUCGCACUUACCUGCUUCUGAUUGAUUCAUUGCAGAAGGAGGGUAAGAAUGAGGGCAAACUCGGAUUUGAGCGUGCUUUCGCCAAGGAUUCGAAGCCUCAGCCCCGCCGCCUGGGUCUGCAGCCCGCACACGUCGCCCAGUUCCAGCACGAAACCAAGCAGCCUCUGUCGUUCACCCCAGCCCGCUUCAAUACCGGUAUCGACUCUACUGAAACAUCCAUCAUCACCGCCACUGGUCCCUUUAUCAUCACUUGGAACAUGAAGAAGGUUGUUGCAGGCCGCAAGGAUCCAUACACCAUCAAGCGCUAUGGCGAGAAUGUCAUGGCCGACAACUUCAGAUUCGGUUCCGACAAGAACGUCAUCGUCGCCCUGCCAAACGAGGUCAACAUGGUUGCCAAGCGUACCUUCCAGAAACCUACCCGUGAGUCCAUUGCUGGCCCUGCUACGCCUAAGCGUGGACGCGGCUGGGGCAGUCACCUUGGCAGAGACGACAUUGUCAACUCCCCCUACUAG